AAGAUUGCCAGAGAAGCUAUCAAUUAUACAAACCAAACUUCUUCGACACUCCUCAGUUGCAGUUAACUGAGAGAGCGAGUGUAGCUCUGUGCCACACAGAGAGAGAGAGAGAGAGAGAGAGAGAGAGACGAAGGCAAUGGCAAACCCUCCGAAACCAUGGAAGGCGGAGUACGCCAAGUCGUCGCGAUCGUCGUGCAAGACAUGCAAGAGCGCCAUCGACAAAGAGGUUUUCCGCCUUGGCAAGAUGGUCCAGGCCACUCAAUUCGACGGCUUCAUGCCCGUACCUGUAAUCCGUGGCUUAAGUGGAAGAAAGAUAUGUGGAACCAUGCUACUUGCAUACUGAAUAAAGCAAAGCAGAUAAAAUCCAUUGAUGAUGUUGAAGGCAUUGAGUUGCUCCGUUGGGAAGAUCAGCAGAAGAUCAGGAAGUAUGUGGAGGGCAGUGGAUCCCUUGCUAGCACUGCUGUCACAACUACAGAAUGCAGUAUUGAAGUUUCACAAUUUUCUCGUGCCACCUGCAAGCAGUGCAGCCAAAAGAUUAAGAAAGGAGAGGUUCGUAUAUCAACCAAGCCUGAGGGCCAAGGAGCUAGGGGCUUGGUGUGGAACCAUGCCAACUGUUUCCUGGAAUCAUCUCCAUCUACCAAAGUGGAGAAGUUGUCUGGAUGGGAGAGCCUCUCAGCUUCUGACCAGGCAGCUGUUAGUGCUGUGGCUAAUAAGGUUCCUUGUAAUGCAAAGGGUGGCACUGAAAUUAAGAUAGAAGAGAGUAAAGAACUCCUGCAACAAUCGACUUCCAAAGCUGGCAAAAAACGUAAAAAAGAUGUUCACGGUGAUCAGAAUCCAAAAGUUGCUGAGGCUGUGGGAGACACAUCGGCAAGCAGGGCUGCAUAUAAGGAGAAUGCUGCCAACUCCAUUGAUGAACAUCCAAAAGGAACUGAUUUGGAUAGUAAGCUGGAGACCCAAAGUAAAGAACUGUGGGCUCUGAAAGAUGAUUUGAAGAAACAUGUGACAACAGCAGAGUUGCGGCAAAUGCUUGAAGCCAAUGCUCAAGAUUCAACAGGAUCAGAACUUGAUUUGCGCGAACGCUGUGCGGACGCGAUGAUGUUUGGAGCACUUUCUAGCUGCCCGAUUUGUGCUGGUUCUGUUCGUUAUUCUGGAGGCUUGUACCGGUGCCAUGGUUUCUUAUCCGCAUGGAGCAAGUGCUCUUACUCUACUCGUGAACCAGAACGUCUGAAAGGGAAGUGGAAAGUCCCAGAAGAGACCAAUAAUCAAUAUCUUAGCAAGUGGUUUAAAUCACAAAAGAAGACCAAACCUGUUCGGAUACUGCCUCCACCGGGGUACAACAAUCCUUCUGGAAGUCAAGCUAUUAACCGCAGCUCUCAAUCAGCAAAUAGUGAAAGUUUGGGAGACUUGAGAGUUGCUGUAUCUGGAUUACCUAAGGAAUCCAUGGAGAAAUUCAAGAGAAAAAUUGAGGGAGAGGGUGGAGUUGUUCAUACCAAAAUAAAGAAAGAUACUAACUGCUUAGUUGUAAGUGGAGUGCUGGAUGAUCAAAAUGCUGAGACCAGGAAAGCAAGGAGGAUGAAGUUACCAAUUGUUAGAGAGGAUUACUUGGUUGAUUGCGUUAAAAAACGGAAGAAGCUUCCAUUUGAUUUGUACAAAGUUGAAGCCAUUGGUGAGGCAUCUAGCAUGGUUACUGUCAAAGUAAAAGGGCGAAGUGCUGUGCACGAAUCUUCUGGCCUCCAAGAUACGGGUCACAUACUUGAGGAUGGGAAAAUAAUCUAUAACACGACUUUGAGCAUGUCUGAUUUGUCAACUGGUGUUAAUAGUUACUAUAUCCUCCAAAUAAUCCAAGACGACAAAGGGUCUGAUUGCUAUGUGUUUCGUAAAUGGGGUCGAGUGGGAAACGAAAAAAUUGGAGGAAUCAAAUUGGACGAAAUGUCAAAAUCAGAUGCAAUUAAUGAAUUCAAGCGUUUGUUCCUUGAGAAGACUGGGAAUCCGUGGGAGGCAUGGGAACAAAAACAAAAUUUUCAGAAGCAACCUGGCAGAUUUUUUCCAUUGGAUAUAGACUAUGGGGUUACAAAACAGGUGUCUAAGAAUAGAAAGAAUGAUGCAGCCAGCAAUCUUGCCCCCGAAUUAAUAGAAUUGAUGAAGAUGCUCUUUAAUGUGGAAACAUACAGGGCUGCCAUGAUGGAAUUUGAGAUUAAUAUGGCUGAAAUGCCACUGGGAAAACUGAGCAAAAGAAAUGUCCAAAAGGGUUUUGAGGCGUUAACUGAAAUACAGAACCUGCUAAAUAAUAAUGCUCAUGAUCCUUCUGUCAAGGAAAGCUUGAUUAUUGAUGCCAGCAAUCGUUUUUUCACUAUGAUCCCUUCCAUUCACCCACAUAUUAUUAGAGAUGAGGAUGAUUUCAAGUCAAAGGUUAAAAUGUUAGAAGCUCUCCAGGAAAUUGAAAUAGCUUCCAGAUUAGUAGGUUUUGAUGCUGAUAGUGAUGACUCGCUAGAUGAAAAGUAUAUGAAACUCCAAUGUGAUAUUACUCCCCUUCCUCAUGAUAGUGAAGAUUAUCGGUUGAUUGAGAAGUAUCUACUUACUACUCACGCCCCUACACAUAAGGAUUGGACUCUUGAACUGGAAGAAGUUUUCUCACUUGAAAGGAAAGGAGAAUUUGAUAAGUUUGCUCCCUAUCGAGAAAGGCUUAAGAACAGGAUGCUCCUUUGGCAUGGUUCCCGGUUGACAAAUUUUGUGGGAAUACUUAGCCAGGGACUGAGAAUAGCUCCUCCUGAAGCUCCAGCAACUGGCUAUAUGUUUGGCAAAGGGGUAUACUUUGCUGACCUGGUCAGUAAGAGUGCUCAGUAUUGCUACACCGAUAAGAAAAACCCUGUUGGCCUAAUGCUUCUUAGUGAAGUUGCUUUGGGGGAGGUCUAUGAGCUCAAGAAGGCCAAAUAUAUGGAAAAGCCCCCUGAAGGAAAGCAUUCUACAAAAGGACUUGGCAAGAAUAUACCUCUGGAGUCUGAAUAUGCAAGGUGGAGGGAUGGCAUUGUUGUUCCAUGUGGAAAACCUGUGCCAUCAAAACUGAAGGCCUCUGAGCUGAUGUAUAAUGAGUACAUUGUUUAUGAUACGGCUCAAGUCAAGAUGCAGUUCUUAUUGAAGGUAAAGUUUCAUCACAAGAGAUGAGGAGAGGUAAGUAAAUUUUCACUAUUGUGGGGAGUGUGUUACAGUUUCACCAGUUCUGUAAUCAGUGAUUCACACAACGUUUGCUCUUUUGGGAACCGCUAAGUCUCAAUUAAGAUCUCAUCUGGAGAUCUUCAACAUACUUUUUGCGAUGUAAAUGUUGUUUGCGAGUAGUGGAAGCAAGUUCAGUAUCUUCAGAAA